AUGGAGAGACAGGCGAUAAUACUUUGCAGUGUUGUAGGGUUCUUGGGUAUUCUAUCUGCUGCUAGUGGCUUUGCCGCUGAGGCCAAGAGGGUUAAGGGUUCUCAAGUUCAAUUUCCCACUCCCGAUGAAUGUAUAUACCCAGCGAGUCCUGCCCUGGGCCUUGGGUUAACUGCAGCUCUAGCUCUCUUGAUGGCGCAAAUCAUCAUCAAUGCUGCAACUGGGUGUAUAUGUUGUAGAAAAGGCCUCCGUCGAUCAAACUCUAAUUGGACGCUAGCACUUAUCUGCUUUGUUGUUUCCUGGUUCACAUUCGUGAUAGCAUUCCUUCUGUUGCUGACGGGUGCAGCGCUGAAUAAUCAACAUGGUGAAGAGAACUUGUACUUUGGCAACUAUUACUGUUAUGUUGUAAAGCCUGGUGUUUUUGCUGGAGCUGCUGUCUUGUCCCUUGCAAGUAUCAUUCUUGGAAUCAUCUACUAUUUAGCCUUGACUAGCGAAAAGAACACAGGUGAUCAUCCAUUGAAUGGACAAGGUGGCAUUGCUAUGGCACAACCUCAAAUUCCACCACAAAAUGCUCCGAACCCUGUUUUUGUGCAUGAAGAUACUUAUAUGAGGCGGCAGCUCGUGUAA